CGAUCUGCCCUCGAUGACUCUGGUCUUGAUUGCCGGAGUUUGCCGACCCUGCUGGGUGGAUUGCUCUGUUAUCUGGAUCUCGUGAUCAGCACCUUCCUGUUUACUGAUCAUCGUACACAGUGGCACACAGAGACCAGAUCAACCCGCUUUAAAGACCUGCUGCAGACCCACACUGGCCGAGGAGACGACAUGACCGUGUGGCUAUGAGACUUCAGGAGCCAUGGCGACCCGGGACCGGAUCACUACCUGCUCUGCGCUGCUCCAGAUCUGUGUGUUGUUGCUGCUGUCGGCUCGCAGCAGUGAGUCUCCUUUAGGAGGGUGUAAUGGAAAGGAGGCAUGCCAGCCCUCGAGACCUCCUGUGGUCCUCAUUCCAGGAGACCUGGGGAACCAGUUGGAGGCGAAGCUAGAUAAACCGAGUGUGGUCCAUUAUAUCUGCUACAAGAAGACCGACACCUUCUUCACCCUGUGGCUCAACCUGGAGCUGCUGGUGCCUGUAGCCAUAGACUGCUGGAUCGACAACAUCAGGCUGAUCUACAACCGGACCACACACACCAGCUCAUCCCCGCCUGGUGUGAACAUUAGUGUUCCAGGGUUUGGGAAGACCUUUUCACUGGAGUACCUGGACCCAAGCAAACGCACAGUGGGUAUGUAUUUCUUCAGUAUUGUGCAGGCUCUGGUCGAGUGGGGCUACACCAGAGACGAUGAUGUCAGAGGAGCGCCCUAUGAUUGGAGAAGAGCUCCAAAUGAGAAUAAGGAGUACUUCCUGGAGCUGCAGCAGAUGAUUGAAGAGAUGGCAGAGAAAGCUGGAGGUCCUGUAGUUCUCAUCGCUCACAGCAUGGGCAACAUGUACACAUUGUACUUCCUGAACCAGCAGCCCCAGUCCUGGAAAGACCGAUACAUCAAAGCCUUCAUCUCUCUGGGACCACCGUGGGGAGGGGUGGCCAAGACGCUCCGGGUUCUCACCUCUGGGGACAAUAACCGCAUCCCGGUGAUCAGCCCGUUAAAGAUCCGCUCACAGCAGCGCUCCGCUGUGUCUACCUCAUGGCUGCUGCCCUACGCCCACUCCUGGCCUAAAGAUAAGGUCCUGGUACAAACACCCACCACCAACUACACUGUGCUGGACUACGAGCGCCUCUACACGGACAUCGGUUUCGAGGACGGCUGGCUGAUGCGUCAGGACACGGAGCCGCUGGUGGCUGACCUCACGCCCCCCGGCGUGGUGGUCCACUGCUUGUACGGCAGCGGCAUUCCCACAUCCGAGGCCUUCCAGUACUCGGACAAGUUCCCGGACGUGGAGCCCGUGGUUGUGUUUGGCGAUGGCGAUGGGACGGUGAACCUCCUGAGCGCCGUUCAGUGCAAACGCUGGAUAGGACAUCAGAAACAGGCUGUUACGCUCAAAGAGCUUCCUGGGAAUGAACACGUGAACAUGCUGCUGAACGUCACGACUGUGGCUUACAUCAAAAGCGUGCUCUUCCCUCCAUGAGGACACACACACACACACACACACACACACACACACACACACACACACACACACACACACACACACACACACACACACACACACACACACACACACACACACACAGUCAUAAAAACUGAAAGGGAGCGAUGUCAUCUCAACAGUUACUGCCAAAUCCUCCCUGGUUCAUGUUACAUCUGUUCUGAGCGAGGUAUUAGGACACGUCAGAUUGAAGUUUUAAAUUAUUUUAAAGCUGUAAACAUUCGUCUCACAUUAAAGUCAGGUUGUUUAUUUAAGUACGCAUGCAGUAUAAACAUACAUUUUGUACACUAAAGGACCCGAGACCAGCUCACCUUUGCUAAAUCCGUUUGUGGUCCAGUUUAAAAACAUGGGUUCAAUGUCGUCCCUCUCUUUUAGACAUUCAUUAGAGCCAUAUCUUUUUUAUUAAUCAUGACAGAGAUUCUUAAUUUGUUCUACCGUAAUGAUGCAAGUCUUUACGGUAAAGUUCAUGCUGUAAUUAUGUUUUUGUGAGAGCGUCAGAUGAUCUUUUAGUGCUUAAUGUUUAUUCAAGAACUUAAAUAUACUUUUAACAAAUUGACCGUCUUAUUUUUGUCUCACUUGUGAUCCUCUUUUUUUUUUCAUUCUUACACUCUCAAUCAUUCUUUGGGCAACGUGUUACAGGCUGUAACCUGUGGUCUAAGCUUGUAUGGAUGUAUAAUAACAAUAACCCAAAGUACAUGAUCAGCUUUUAUGAGCUUUGAUCUGCUCUGAACUAAACCAAAUAAAGGAGUUUGCUUCCUGCAGAGGUGAAGGAGAAGAAAAGCUAAGAGGUGACAACAUUGUGUCAUUUUUAUUUGCUGUGUUUGAAUCAUUUUUAGAAAUAAAGCAGAAAUAAACUCA